CUCUGCUGGGGUCAGUGCAGUGACAGCCCUCACAGAUAGUGUCCUAGAGGCCACCCCACUCUGCAUCCCCAGAGAGAGGUCACAGGAGGGUUACUCGGGGGGGGUCCAUGACCCGUCGAGCCUCAAAGCCCUCAGGGCAGCAUGGUGUGAGGCAGCCAUGUCCCGAGGCAGGCAGUGAGUCACCCCCAGGUGCUGCCUCCAGCCCACGGGGCUCACAGCUCAGCAGUGAUGGCAGCUCCAACCAGCUGUGUCUUUCCGGGUACAGGCAGCUUCCCAGGGCCGUGAGGCGCCCGGUCCUGUCUGUCCUGAUUCCUGGGGAGGGAGGUGUGCAGCCUGACUGACUGUUUUUGGGAUCAGCCCGGCAAUUUUCCAGUCUGCUGAGCUCUCUCCUUGGUGAGGAGUGAGCCCGGAUCCCUGCAGCACGUGCCACAUGAGGAACAUGACGUGUGUCACGAACGUCACCCGGAUAAUGGCCAGCAUCCCGCUCAGCAUGCCAGUCACUGCCUACACCCCAUCCAGCAGGCUGCACCCCACCACCACAGGCAGGCUCGGUGCCGGGGUGUCGGUGUUUGCUGCAGCAUGGACACACGGUGCCGGCACAACGCAGCGUUCGACAGCACGGCCCAGCCAGCGGCCUGCUGCCCCGACUGGAUGGCAGCGCUGCCCGACGCCCUGCCACUCUCCCGCCUCUCCAUCCCCGGCACGCACGACUCCCUCAGCCUGUUUGGUGGCCGGCGCCUGCGCUGCCAGAGCUGGGGCCUGGAGGCCCAGCUGGCGGCCGGCGUGCGCUUCCUGGAUGUGCGCUGCAAGCUGGAGCGGGGCGAGCUGCGCAUCUACCACCUGUGCACUUUCCAGCGGGCCAGCCUGCGGGGCGUCCUGCGCCGCACCCUGCGCUUCCUCCGCGCCCACCCUAGUGAGGCCGUGCUGAUGCGCAUCAAGGAGGAGCUGCCCUUUUUCCCACGGCCCCGCUUCGCUGCCCGGCUCCAGCGCUGCCUGCUGGAGGAGAGCCGGGGCCGGCUGUGGUGCCGGGAGGAGGUGCCCACGCUGGGCCAGGUGCGGGGCAAGAUCGUGGUGCUGGAGGCGCUGGAGCGGGCGGUGCUGGGCAUCCCCUAUGAGCGGCUGAGCAUCAGUGAUGCCUGGAAUGUGCUCUCGCUGGAGAGGAAAUGGGCACGAGCACAGCGGCACCUGGACGCAGCGGCCAGCGGGGACCCUGCCACCAUGCACCUCACCUUCUGCUCCGGCAACGGGCUCUUCACCUGCCCCGAGGACGUGGCCCGCUUCGUCAACCCUCAGUGCUACCAGCACCUGCAGCACUGCUCAGGGCAGCCAGUGUGCUGGGGAGUGGUCAUCUUGGACUUCCCUGGGGCAGGCCUGCUUCAGCUCAUCAUUGAGAGCAACGCCCCAGGGAAGAACAGAGGUAUGCCAGCAGACCCUGGCACCCCAAACACACCCCAAUGGCAGCGGGGACGCGUGCUGAGAGUGGCACCACUGGGGCCGGUGUCCCCCACACUGCAGGCAACCUCACGCGUCAGCCGACGGACAUCGAUGCAGAAGGGUGCCCGGAGAUCCCGUGCAGCACUGAGACACCUCUAUGUGACAUCCGUGUGACAGCGGUGGAGCCGGCAGUCAGAGGUGAGCAGCCCUGAGCUGCCCCUGUGUGUGCCAUCCCUCCAGGAGCCAGGGUCUUGCCCCAAAAGUCAGGACUUUGAGAGAACCAACCAACCCUCAGACAAGCAGCAGGACCAGAAUGCAGGAAAGACGUCUCCUCAGCUCUGCACCCAGAAGGCAGCAAGGAGAAGAGCGCUUUCCAAGGAGUGAGGUCCUCAGGAGCAGGAAAAUAACCAAGGUCCCAGGGCUGAAAGCAUCAAAGUGCUGCUGGUGCCAAACACGAGAGGGCAGGAAGCACAAGGCUAAGGCUGGAGAGAGAGGAAAGCUCAGCCCCAGGCUGCCAAAAGGUGAAGAACGAACACGCUCAAGGAUGCUUCUGUGUGCAGGAAAAUGGAGCUAACCUUGCUGCAUGGCCAGGGCUAACUCCGGAUUUCCUGGCAGGAGGAGAGGACAUUGUUUGCUCCCCGGGGCUGGCUCUGGCCUGAGGCAGGGCUCUCAUGGCUGAGUGCAUUCAUCCGCUCGCCUGCAGCGAGCUCUUUGCAGAGCUGCAUGGCUGCGGAGCCAGGUCUGCUGGGGAGAGAGCCAGGUGGGCCACACAGAGCCAGAGUGAGGGGAAGGGAAGGGGCAGAGAGGGCCAAAAACAUGCUCGGGGGAUGGGCAGCAGAAUCUGCCUCUGGGCUUGCACUCUUGGAAAUAAGAAGACUGCAUUAAAGCAUUAAACCAGA